AUGCGAAGCAACGCCACACAAGGCGUCGCGACUCUACUGUGGACGUCCUUGUUGAUCGUUGAGCCGGCUUGUCAGGCAGCGAUCGCUCUGACCUUCUACCUGGUCCAGCCCUUCUACUCCACCUGCACAGCCCCUUAUGCUGCUGUCCGUCUCACCGCCGCCGUCAUCAUAUGUCUGCUGACCUUUGUGAACUGUAUGAAAGUGAAAUGGGGGGCCAAUCUUCAGGUCAUCUCCACUGUAGCGAAGGUCCUUCCUCUCAUCGUCAUCGUCAUUACUGGGCUGGUGAAGCUCGCACAAGGUUUUGACCAGAACUUCGAGGGCUCGUUCAAAUGCCCCAAACUGAACCCUGGUGACAUGGCCCUGGCCCUCUACUCAGCGCUGUACUCCUACUCGGGCUGGGACACGCUGAACUUGUUAGGGAUUUAAGCCAGAAGUGCACCCCUAGUCAGGAAAUUAUAGUACGUGUAAUAAUGUUUAGUGUUAGAAUU